AUGGAUCAACGUCAGAAACGGUUUACCAGGUUGCCCCACGGACUUCAGAAAGCCUCUGAUCCACUAGAUGAUAAAGGCACCUUACAAGACAUAUUAGAGGAAAAACUGUCCUCCCUGCACGUCAGCGACGCACGAUUGGCGCAGCUUCAGGGUUCCGGAAAAGAAAAGGCCAACAAGAUCACUAAACCCUAUCGUCAGACUCAAAAUCAGUCUGCGCCAGAGCUUAUCAAAAACAGUGAUUUCCUGAAGAGGGAACACCCCUCAGGGAAAUAUCUCAUGACAUGGGAGGUUAACCAGGCUGGUAUAGGCCGUUUAGGCCUGGAGAAUUGCGCUGGUUAUAAAUCAAGGGUGGUGGUCAAAAAAAUUAUGGCUGAAAGGCAACACAAAUCCAAAAAUCUGAGAGCCACCGAUGAUCAGUAUUUGGUCAAUUUACAAGAAGCAUUUUUCGAUCAGGGCUACUACUUCCUUGUCUAUCUAUUCCAAGGAUUUGCAAUUGAUCUGGCGGUCACAUGCGCCACACCUCAUGUCCAAUUCAGUGAAGCAGACAUUGCAACUGUUUGUAGAAGCAUUCUGAAAGGGCUGGACUAUAUCCACGAGGUUCUUCAAAUGAGUCACGGAAACAUGGAUCUCAAGCACAUUUUGCUCUCCGAAAACGGUUGCAUUAAGAUUGGUGCGUCUGCCGCCUUUCUCCUUUCCCACUUGUUGCUCACGCUACAGGUAGCCAACAUUGGAAGAAGUCUGCUGGAACACCAAAGUCUUAAAGGCAGAAGAGACGACAUCAAGAGUGUCGGCCUGUUUGUGGUCCAUCUGAAGGAGCCGGCGACAAUCCUGGAAGACAAAAGAACACAUCUCUACAAUCCACAGAAUGUCUCAAACCAGGCAAAGGGAUUCAUUGAGGAGGCACAUACUGCUUCCUGCAAACUUCUACUACAGCAUGAUUUCCUCCUUCAAGCCAACCCCGAUAAUGAGACAUGGAGCCUCAUACCUCAUUAUUACGACGCUCCCAAUACAGUUGCCCCGGAGGGAGAAAGCCCGGCUGAUAGUCUCACAAACUACCUAUGUGGCUUUGCCAAGAUAAAACUCCGACACCUAUCUGGAGAAUAUCGGAAGAAGAACAUGCUAAGGUUCAAGAGAGCUUUGAUGGGAGGCCAAUGCUCUCUGCUCGAUCCAGAGCACUAUAUCACCGCCCUGAUCGACAUGAAUACGCUCAAUAAGGGUUUGGAAAAAUCGGGCAUAAAUGCUUCCACAUUGCUUGAUGCAAUCGAUCCACCACAUCUUUCUCUGGAGGAUGCCGUCGUCCUCGCGUGUUUACGAGGACGAGAUCUCCUGGAGGCAGCUAGGCGCGUACUACCGCCGGGCCGAAGGUGGGUGGUUGUAAAACUAUAUGUUGACAGUCUUCCUGUCAAUUUACGAACCGAAAUCGCUGAAAGUUUCUCCUAUGUUGACGGAGUAUCUAAUGUGGAGAUUUUCGGAUCCCUUCUACGUGACUUUUCUGGUAUGGAGUCAACUUUCUGGCGCAGCAGACUGCCGUCCGAUUCGGAUUUCCAGUAUGUCCAAAGAGUCGCUCGGACCCCGGAGUUACGGGAAUCGUUCAUGGCUCUGAUUCCAUUUCCGGGGCUUUGGAGAACGUUUACUUUUCGCAAGCUAGAGCAUGUUGUGUCCCCUCGGUGUGAUGAGGUAAUGGUUCACUACCUGCGGGAGAUCAUUCGUAUUUGGUCACUCCUAUUGCCCGAUAGAGCGGGUCAGGCCGAUACGCUAUCAGUAGAACUCAUUGAGGGGAAGAUGCCGAAAUACUCCACCCAGGACCGCUCAGAUAUUAUGCGUCUAAUGAACGACGGCACGCUCUUCCCGGAUAUUUCUGAUGUGGAUGAGCGGGAUAGGGUACUGCAGGUCCUGCUUGAAAUUCCUGGCAGGGUCCUGUCCCUGACGCUCUUCUUCGACGAUGUGAAAUGCUUCUCCGGGCCCUCCAAGGCUAUGAGGGACCUAUUUUCUGUAGGUCCUAAAACAUCAAUUUAUAGCACGGCUCUACACUGUUGGGACGGAGGUACCCAGGCUUACAACAUCCAAUUAACCGACAGCGAGUACCAGACUGUCCCUAUCAACGGUAUAGUGCCAGCAGAUGAAGCAGAAAGAGCCAUAGCAUCGGUUAGCUUGCUACAAUUAUGGCUGACAGCCUUUCGACACUUCAUCAAUCCUCGGACGGGGAGAACAAGAAAAGUAAAGAACGUUCAGCCUUUGUUUGAAUUACGAGGAGAGCCUGAGCUUGCCAAGUCGGCCAGCAGAUUGGGUUUUACAAUUCCAAGGAAAGUUUCUACUGCAGUCGACUCGAUUUUGCCGGCUUUUCAUUAUACCUUCGAAACGCUCACAGGUGCUUCUCACAAUGAUCUUGCACGGAAAACCUUGUAUAUGUCAAAACGGUUUCGACAAAUCUUCGGUGACGGGCCCAGAUCCCAUCAGUCAGAUCAGAAAAUCCCUGAGCUCUCUGUGAAAACGGAUAGCCGACGGUCAAGUUUCCGAGCCGGACGACCACUCAAAGAUGAGUACAUAAGUGACCGGUCGUUCUUCUUUCUUCGACAUAUGUUUGCUGAUGAGGGAGAGAUUUUCCUUUAUCCGAGCUCAUUUGCUGUCAUAAGAGACAUCUUCUGCAGUUUUUUCGGCCGACAACAUCUUGGAUCUCUCUUGAAUCAUGACGCCUCCGGAGCUUCCAACCAACUCUCAUUUGCUGAAGAAGUUCCGGAAGGAGCCAUUACGUCUGGGGCCUUGCUACCAGAAGAACCGCAAGCGUUGACAGAUAAUACAGAUGUCCAUACCGACUCCGUUGAAAACCGUGAUUCAUUAGCGACAAGUCCAAUAGACCUUGAACUGCACCCAGAGCCAGGGCCCUCUACUCAGAUUAUGGACGGUGUACAGCAGUCCAUACCUUUAGCUGCAGGUUUUGAAGACGAGCAUAGCAAAGCCCCAGUAUCUCGGAAAGUCCCAAUAUCACUCCAUCGAAGCGCCAUUGAUGAGAUACUACCAUUGUGGUAUCAGUCAGAUGUCACGAAUGUCGUAGUCUUCUACCUGUUCAACUCAAGGGAGUACUACAAGUUUUUUGCCGACUCAGAAAUGGAAAUGCGACUCGUCCUAAACGACCUUGCCCGUGCCCAUUAUUUCCUCAUCAUCGAUCAAGAAAAGGUCGUCUCUCCAAACAUGGCAGAUUUAGUCUCUGAAGUUCAACGGACGCGAUUGCUCUUCGUUGGAGCAAAAUCAAAACCAGGAGAGCUGGAGACCAAGGCAGGCGGCAUUAGCAAGGCUGCUUUGGAGGAUUACAUAUCCAAAUAUGACGUUCAUACAGGGAAACGACGGUUCGAAUUCGCUCCUGGUGACACUGACGAUGGAGAGCAACCACACUCAACAAAAAGAAGAAUCUGA